UCUGCGGCGUCUGAGAGCCCGAGACGACGGAGCGGAGCAGGCCGGUGCCGGGAAGGGUCAGGACGGGGAGAGACGCGGUGGGAAGACGUGCAGCGCGCGACCACCGGAGGGUUCAGGCCAGGGGCUGCAUGGCGAAACGGGGAGAAGAAGGAUUUGAAGGUCUUAAGGUGGAUCAGUUUCAUCGCCACACAAGUCCCUCAACAUUUUAAUGAUUUUUAUUUUAUUUGUGUUGAUUUUAAAUGCAUCAAUCAAGACUGUAGUGUGUUUUAUUUGAUCAUGCCUCUUGAUCUGGACUGUGACGCAGCAUCGAAAGAAACGAGUCCAGAGGCGAAACAGGAAGUGUGUGAGGUCACACAGGAAAAGAGUGAAAAAGACACACCGACACGGAGAGUCGGACGGCCCGCUCGGAAACGCAAAGCACCAAUUGUGGAUAGUUGCGGCCGCGUGGCCUGUAUGAAGCAGACUGGGUGUAACGGCGAAACAGAGAGGCGGGUUUCACAGAAAAACCUUGAGCGGAAUGACUCCUCCCCUGACUCUGCCCACCACAAUGGCUCAGACAUUCCCCCUGGACCAGAUGAAGACUCCGCCCCAUCCACUCCUCGGAAGAAACGAGGGCGACGGAAACUCGAGCACCCAGAACAACAUGUGGAGGACGACGACACCGGUAGUGACACCAGCAGAGGAGAGAGUGAUGGAGGCCGUCAGAGGGCCCGACAAGGCUGGGACAUCAAUCUGAGGAGACAACCCGUACAGAGAGAGACCUUCCAGGCUGGAGACCCUUAUCACAUCAGUCGCAAAGAAAGGGAGGAGUUGCUCGCCCGCUGGAGGAAAGAUAAGCAGGACAAAACCCACCUGGGGACUGUCAUGAAUGACACAAUGGACGACCAGUCAGCAGUGGGCUCUCAGAAAGAGGAGGAGGAGUCCGUGAUCAAUCUUUCAUCCAUGGCCACACCCCAACAGCAGCACACUGACCCCGCCUCCCCAACGGUUGCCACAACGCCUGAGCCGCCUCCUGUCGCCUGCGUUAACAAAGUGAUUGAGCGAGCUUCAGGGAUGGACAUGAAUUAUGAGGAUGGCCAUGGGUUCGGCAUCGGAGAGCUCGUCUGGGGUAAGUUACGGGGGUUCUCCUGGUGGCCUGGGCGGAUCGUGUCGUGGUGGAUGACGGGUCGCAGUAGAGCGGCUGAAGGGACGCGCUGGGUCAUGUGGUUUGGAGAUGGCAAAUUCUCAGUGGUGUGUGUGGAGAAGCUGUUACCCUUGAGUUCAUUUUGCACUUCUUUCCAUCAGCCCACUUACAACAAACAGCCCAUGUACAGAAAAGCUAUCUACGAAGUUUUACAGACGGCGAGCACCCGUGCUGGUAAACCAUUCCCUGGGUGUGUGUCCACGGAUGACUCUGAAUCUGGGAAGAGUGUGGAACAGCAGACAAGACAGAUGAUUGAAUGGGCUAGUGCUGGAUUUCUCCCCUCUGGAGCCAAAGGCCUGGAGCCGCCACCAGCUGAGCGGAACCCGUAUACUGAGGUGUAUCCAGAGAUGUGGGUGGAGCCUGAGGCUGCUGCCUACACAGCUCCACCCGCUGCAAAGAAACCCAGGAAGAACAGCGUGGAGAAACCCAAAAUCAAAGAGAUUAUAGAUGAAGGAACCAGAGAGAGACUUGUGUAUGAGAUCAGGCAGAAAUGUCGUAAUAUUGAAGAUGUCUGUAUUUCCUGUGGAAGUCUGAAUGUAUCAUUAGAGCACCCUCUUUUUAUCGGAGCCAUGUGCCAGAGUUGCAAGAACUGUUUCCUGGAGUGUGCGUAUCAGUAUGAUGAUGAUGGUUAUCAGUCGUACUGCACCAUCUGCUGUGGAGGAAGAGAAGUGCUCAUGUGUGGAAACAACAACUGCUGCAGGUGUUUCUGUGUGGAGUGUGUGGAUCUGCUCGUGGGCUCUGGUUCGGCACAGUUAGCGAUAAGUGAAGACCCCUGGAACUGUUACAUGUGCUGCAGCAAAAAUGUGUUAGGACUCCUGAAACGCAGAGACGACUGGCCCUCACGCCUGCAGCUGUUCUUCGCCAACAACCAUGACCAGGACUUUGAGCCUCCAAAGUUGUAUGCACCAGUAGCAGCAGAGAAGAGACAGCCAAUCAGAGUGCUCUCUUUAUUUGAUGGCAUCGCUACAGGGCUUCUGGUGUUGAAGGAUCUGGGUAUACAGGUGAAGCGCUAUGUUGCGUCAGAGGUGUGUGAAGACUCCAUCACUGUCGGGAUGGUGCGACACCAGGGACGAAUCACGUAUGUGGGGGACGUCAGGAAUGUCACACGCAAACAUAUUCAGGAGUGGGGGCCGUUUGAUCUUGUGAUUGGUGGAAGCCCCUGUAACGAUCUGUCGAUCGUGAACCCGGCCAGGAAAGGCCUUUAUGAGGGCACAGGUCGUCUGUUUUUUGAGUUUUACCGGCUGCUUCAUGAAGCUCGGCCCAAAGACGGAGACGACAGACCGUUCUUCUGGCUGUUUGAAAAUGUUGUUGCUAUGGGAGUCAGUGACAAAAGAGACAUUUCACGCUUUCUGGAGUGUAAUCCAGUUAUGAUUGAUGCUAAGGAAGUGUCUGCUGCACACAGAGCUCGAUACUUCUGGGGCAACUUACCUGGAAUGAACAGGCCGCUGACUGCCAUGGCAAAUGAUAAGCUUGACUUACAAGACUGUCUGGAACAUGGACGCACAGCCAAGUUUGGCAAAGUGCGAACCAUCACGACUCGCUCAAACUCCAUAAAACAGGGCAAAGACCAGCAUUACCCCGUUUACAUGAACAACAAAGAGGAUAUCUUGUGGUGCACAGAGAUGGAGAGAGUUUUCGGCUUUCCCGUCCAUUACACUGACGUGUCUAACAUGAGUCGUCUCGCCAGGCAAAGGCUUCUGGGAAGGUCGUGGAGCGUGCCUGUCAUUCGCCACCUCUUUGCUCCGCUGAAAGACUACUUUGCCUGAGUCUGAAACUCCAAAUGCCAUGAUGUCCCUCCCCUUCCUUAUUUGCAUAUCCAAUAAGCUCCACCUUCUUGUGUUCAUGUUGCUGGUGGCCUGUAAAUGGCUGGUGCUAUUCUGAUAUUUACCCACUAGACAGCCAUACUUCAGCUAUUUAUUUACAAACAUAACUGAGUCCACAAUUGUAUUUCUUAUUUUAUCUUUUUUUGUACUUUAUUGUCCGUUGUUUUAGUUUGUUGUCAUGUUCCAGCUGUGACGACUCUUUCUCUCUCACAAAACUAACCGAGACAAAUUUAUGUGUGUUUGCAAGUGUACGUUUGUCCAUGCGCUGAUAUAUAUAGAGCACAAAUCACUAGUUAGGCUUAUUCUCCAACCCUUAAUCUAAUAAUACCCUGUGCCCUAAGCAGGUAUGAUCCGACAGUUGUCGAACGUCAAGUCAUUUUUCUGUCCUUAUUGAAAUCGAAAUGCUGCCAUGAAUGCAUUAAAAUCACUACCAAUCAGAAUAUAUUCGAUGUUUAACCCUCAGAGACCCAAGCACUGAAAUUGGUGCUGUUUUUAUCAAUUAUGUGACUAGCAAGCUGUGCCAAAACUGUUAUAUGUUGUUAUACAGUUCAGAGUGUCAGCUGUUGUGAUGUGUAGUUUUUACUCAUAUGCAAUGACAAAUAGAUACUAUUUAAUUCUACUACGCUGGGUCUCUGAAGGAUUAUCAUAAAUACGAGUUUCCUACUCGGAACAACCCCUCAAAUCGUAAUUACGACUUCGAAACUCAGAGAUCAUUUUGAUACCCUAGUUUCCAAGUUAGGAGGAGACGUAAACUUUCAACCUGGCAGAGGAGAGUACGGUUUCUGUAGUGAAUAAUAUGUUUUAUUCAUUUUUCCAAAUACAGCUAAUUGCUAGCGCUUAAUGUUUCGGCAAUAUACAUUAAUGUACAUUAUUAUCCAUUAGAUGCAUGUACAUUUUAAACAGAGAAAAUCGCAUGUAUUUGACCAAAAUUCCAUUAUCGUCAGCAAGCUGACUGAGUAACAUGUAUCACGGUGUCAAAAUAAGAGUUCCCCAAAAAAUAUACAAGAAUGAAGCUGGAGUCCUCCAUGUUUUGUGUUCUUUCCAACAACAAAGCACUUAAACUCGACAUACUCGUAAUUACGACUGUAGAAGUGGGACGUAGGAUAAUUCCGACACAUAAAGGCAGUACUAAUUUCUGGGUCAUGUUUCCUCCCAAAAUCAAAAGGACAUUUUUAUAUCUUUUAUUUUUCAUAAAGAUAAUGAAGCAUAUUUAAGGACUAUUAAUACUAUUAAUUUUCAUGACAAUUAGGCACAAUACCCCUAAAUUCUCAUUAAUGCUCUCCAAAACAUUUGAAUUCUCAUUGCUGAAUGAAACAAAAACAAAACAUUUAUUUAUUAUAUAAAUUGUGUCAUACAAUGUGAUUUUUAAACCCCAAAAAAAAACGUAUACAGUAAUUUAUUGCCAUAGAAUUAAUGGUCCUAAAAAAUUUCUUGGUGCAAAACAUAAAACAUUUUUUUUUUAUGUAUUUAUUUUUUUGGGGUGAAAUAUGAUCUCAGUGUAUUUUUUGCCAGAUUCACCCAUACAGCUAUGUGAAACGGGAUUUUGACUAGUGAGAGUUCACUGUGGGUGGAGCUACGAACAGCUAAACAUCAUGAGGAGGUCACGACUGGUUAGGACAAAAAUAGGAUGCGAUUUGUCGUUUGAUGCCUUAACGUGUCAUUCCUGGUUAGGACAUGGUAUAAGUGUCUGGCACAUGUACACAAACAUACAUUUUCACACAUAAACACACAUAUACACACACACACACUUCCUGUGAGAGAGAAGCUGUGCUUGAAGAAUCAACAUUACACUGUUUACAGAUGAUUUUACGGUACUACUAAACUAGAUACACUUCACAACUCGACUAACUUGACUAUGGUGCUCUCUCUAUAGAUAUAUAGAUAUAUUUCUCUCUCACUCUUAGCAAUACCAACGCAAUGCACAGCCACAGAUGAGGCCUUUCUGCUGGGAGCCUAUAGGGUACAUACAUUGAGAGAGCUGCAUUACACACUCAUAUACAUCUUCUCACGCUGGAAACUUAAAGGGGUAGUUAACACAAAUGUACUCUCAUGUUCCAUUCACGACACUCCUCUUCCUGUAAUUUGUUUGCUGUCGUCUUGAUGCAAUAUUGAUGCAUCAAACAGAAGCCAAAAUCAAACCUUCCACAUACAGCAAUCAGCCACAACAUUAAA